UUUGGAUUGAUUGUUAGCAACUCUGAUGUUAUCCACGUUACGGACGACUUCACACGCCUGACUCUCGAUACCAUCGCUCUCUGCGCCAUGGACUACCGGUUCAACUCGUACUACCAGCAAAAGAUGCACCCAUUCGUUGAGUCAAUGGCCGACUUCCUCAAGACCAGUGGAGACCGUGCGAGGAGGGAUCCCAUUUCGCAAAUGUUUUAUGGCGCCGAGUCGCAGAAGUAUUGGAGAGAUAUUGAACUGCUCCGCAAAACCAGUAUGGAUGUGAUCAAGACGAGGAGAGACAACCCGACCGACAAGAAAGAUCUACUCAACGGCAUGCUGAACGGUGUUGAUUCUAAGACUGGCAAGAAGAUGACGGAUGAGAGCGUCAUCGACAAUAUGAUCACAUUCCUGAUCGCUGGACACGAGACAACUUCCGGCUUGCUUUCUUUCACUUUCUACUACCUGCUGAAAAACCCUCAAGCAUAUGAGAAGGCGCAGCAAGAAGUAGAUGAUGUUAUUGGCAAAGGACCAAUUACUGUCGACCACUUGACAAAGCUUCCAUAUCUGAAUGCUGUACUACGUGAGUCUCUCCGUCUCCAGCCUACGGCGCCCGCAGUGGGUAUGACGGCCAAGGAAGACACUACGAUCGGAGGAAAGUAUGCGGUCAAGGCAGGCACGCCACUCGUGGCACUAUUUCCCAUGGUUCACCGCGAUCCAGUCGCAUAUGGCGAGGACGCCGAGGAGUUCCGCCCCGAGCGAAUGCUUGACGCAGAGUUUGAAAAGCGCAACACCGAGUUUCCCAACUGCUGGAAGCCAUUCGGCAACGGCAUGCGAGCCUGCAUUGGAAGGCCGUUCGCCUGGCAAGAAGCCCUCUUGGUGCUUGCCAUUCUCCUACAGAACUUCAACUUCACUAUGGAGGAUGCGUCGUACCAGCUUCAAAUCAAGCAGACACUUACGAUUAAGCCCAAGGACUUUUACAUGCGCGCGCAUCUCCGAAGUGGCAUCUCUGCCACAUCUCUCGAACGCAUACUGGCGUCGGCUACUCUCAACGAGCCUCCACCAGUGAAUGGGGCGCCACGUGUACAGAAGGAAAAACUUGCUAUAGGCAAGCCUAUGGCCAUCUAUUAUGGGUCCAACACGGGAACAUGCGAAGCGCUCGCCAACCGACUUGCGAGUGACGCCGCAAACCAUGGCUUCAACGCGGCAGUCGUCGACACCCUGGACGUGGUUCGCGAGAACUUGCCGACCGACAAGCCGAUUGUUAUUGUCACUGCUUCAUACGAGGGAGCGCCUGCCGACAAUGCCGCACACUUUGUCAAUUGGAUUGGCACCUUGAAGGGCAAGGAGCUGGAGAACGUCAACUAUGCGGUCUUCGGAUGUGGUCAUCGCGAUUGGGCAAAGACCUUCCACAAGGUACCAAAAUAUCUUGACGCUACUCUCGAAGAGCGCGGCGCAACCAAGAUGGUUCAAUGGGGCGGCACUGAUGCUGCCUCUGGAGAUAUCUUCACCGACUUCGAGACCUGGGAAGACCAAGUACUGUGGCCAGCCAUGCGCGAGAAGUACGGAUCAACGGAGGCCCAUGGCGAAGGCUCGCUGGAGACUACGCUUGACGUCGAGGUUACAGCACCGAGGUCGUCGACUUUACGUCAAGACGUCCGCGAGGCUCGUGUAGAGGAAGUUGAAGUUCUUUCUAAUGAAGAUGCUUCAGAGAAGAGGCACAUCGAGAUCAGCCUUCCAUCAGGCAUGACCUACUCAGCAGGCGACUACCUGGCUAUCCUACCAUUGAACCCCAAAGAGAACGUCCAACGCGCAAUGCGAUACUUUGGCUUGACUUGGGAUUCGAUGCUGACUAUCUCUUCGGCUGGCCCUACUACUCUCCCGACGGAUACGCCCCUCAGCGCUGUUGAUGUCUUGGGUGCCUACGUAGAACUCGCCCAACCCGCCAGCAAGCGCAACGUUGUUGCACUGGCUGAAGCUACACCCGAUGAAGCGGAGAAGAAGCAGCUCGAGCGACUCGCCGACGAAACCUUCAGCGCCGAGAUUACUGCUAAACGCGUCUCCGUUCUCGAUCUCCUCGAGCGCUUCCCAUCUACGAAGCUGCCACUCGGCGUCUUCCUAAAGAUGCAGCCGCCCAUGCGUGUGCGUCAAUACUCGAUAUCCUCGUCGCCGUUAUGGAAUCCCAAUAACGUCACCCUCACAUACUCUGUUGUCAGCGCGCCAGCCCUCAGUGGCCAGGGUCGGUACGUGGGCGUGGCAACAAACUACCUCGCCAACCUUGCGGCAGGCGACAGGUUGCACGUCAGCGUGCGCCCCUCACACCAAGCCUUCCACCUGCCAAAGGACUCCAAGAACGUCCCGGUCAUCAUGAUGGCAGCAGGAACUGGUCUGGCGCCCUUCCGCGGCUUCAUCCAAGAGCGCGCUGCUCAGGUCGCUGCUGGUCGCAAGCUAGCACCCGCCAUACUCUUCUAUGGUUGCCGGACGCCGUCCAACGACCUCAUGUACGCCGACCUCCUCAAGCGCUGGGAAAACAUGGGCGCGGUCUCAGUCCGUUAUGCCUUCUCGCGCAAAUCGGAGGAGUCGCAUGGCUGUAAGUACGUGCAAGAUCGUGUCUAUCACGACCGCGCCGAUGUCAUUGAACAGUUUGAAGCGGGCGCAAAGCUCUUUGUUUGUGGAUCGCGGGGUGUUGGUGAUGGGGUGCAGGAGACGCUUAUCAAGAUUGCGAAGGAGAGGUUGAAGGAGAAGGAGGGCCGGGACGCCGAUGAUGCCAAGGCUAGGGAGUGGUUUGAGGGGCUGCGAAACGAGAGGUUCGCUACCGACGUCUUCGAGUAG